AUGCAGACGCGGCAACAACGGCGGCCCAGGACCCAACUCCUCCUGAGCUACGGCUCCCAAGCCAAGCCGGCUCCAAUGGCGCCUCCGGCACCCGGCAGCCGCGCUGGCCCCGCCUCCUGUGACGUCACGGGCGUGCGCCACCGCCCGGCGGAGGGGGGGCAAGCCGGAAGAGGGCCUCUCCAGGAGGUCCGCAGGCCUGGGCUCGGCCCGCGGCGCCCCCUGCGGAGGAAGUGGGCCGGUCUGGGCGGACAGCGUGGUCGCCUAGCAACACUGGGACGGCCCCCGCCCCCGCCCCUCCCGGGGCCCCCCUUCACCGGCUCAGCCGGGGUGGCCUCGGAGGUCUUUCGCACCUGCGCGGCAUGUCUCUGCAGAGUCCAGCACAUCGUGGGCAAUCUCUCUAUGCAGCUCGUUCUGGGUAUUCCCUUGGAAAUGGUCCACAAAGGCCUCCGAGUGGGGCUGGUGUACCUGGCAGGAGUGCUUGCAGGUUCCCUUGCCAGCUCCAUUUUUGACCCCUUUAAUUCUCUUGUGGGUGCUUCAGGAGGAGUCUAUGCGUUGAUGGGAGGCUACUUUAUGAAUGUUAUAGUGAAUUUUCGAGAAAUGAUUCCUGCCUGUGGAAUUUUCAGACUACUCGUCAUCAUCCUGAUAGUUGCCUCAGAUAUGGGAUUUGCUCUCUACAGGAGGUUCUUUGUCCCUGCAAACGGGUCUCCGGUGUCCUUUGCCGCUCACAUCGCAGGCGGAUUUGCUGGGAUGUCCAUAGGUUACACUGUGUUCAGCUGCUUUGACAAGACGCUACUCAAAGACCCCAGGUUCUGGAUUGCAAUUGCUGCAUACGUAGCUUGUCUCUUAUUUGCUGUGUUUUUUAACAUCUUCCUGUCCCCAGCAAACUGACUCACCUCUAAUAUAAGCCAGUUAAUAAAAGUGCCACAUGGGGGAAAUGGAAAACUCUGUGAAGAAACACAGACAUCCCAGCAUAUGCUAAGAGCUUUAAAAAGAUGGACAGCACACGAUUCAUCCCUUCUAAGGGGAACUUCCAAUAGGGAGGAGGAAGAAAAGACAGAAAUCCAAGACUGGGUCUUCCGUGCACGGAGUGUGUAUUAUCCUAUGACAGAGACUUGAUACCCGUGGGGGAUGUAAUUUGGAGAUUGUUUGAUAGCUCCACGAGAACUGUACUAUCAUCCUGAGAAUAAACCCUUUUCGUGUCUGUGUUG